AUGGCUAAUAAGGGACCAAUAGGUAUUGCUGAACAGUUGAACUAUCUGAUACAGUGGUUCAUGGAAUACAGUGAUAUGCAAAAGGAAGAUUUUUAUGCUAUUCUUCUUGAUGCUUAUUCUCAUAAAGAUAUGAAUGGUGUGUCAAAUUCAUUAAACAGCUUAGACCUGAAUAAUGAACGGCCACCAAGCAUCUUUCAGUGUAGAAUGAAAUUGUUUCGAGAAUGGCAUGCAAACUGGAAUGAAGAAGAGCGGAACGAGUUUUUAGCUCGGUUAGGACGGAUGGAUGAAAAAUUCAUGGAAAAAUUUAAUGCAGAACGUGGCUGUAAUAAUGUCGAAUAA